UUUUCUUUCCCUUUCGCCACAAUUUUAACUGGAAAAACAUAAUGCCUUGCUCUGAGAAUUUUAUCGGACUCACCCAGUUUGGGAAGCUCUAUCGUGGGAAAAUGUCCAUUGGUUCUGAUCAAGAUAAAAUUACCAAGGAUGUCGCUGUCAAGAUUAUGGUUGAUGAAAUGCGACAUUUUGAUCUUAGCUAUGACAAACUGACAAGAUUAGAGGAUGAACUCAAGCUCCAAGGUUUAGGGGCAAUCCUAACUUAGUGAAAGUGAUUGGAUGUUGUCGCGAGGGGAGAACUCUGGGUAUCGUUUAUGAUCUAAAUCCACAGGACACCUUGCAUAACUUCAUUAUUCGAGAUGACUUCAAAUGGCUGCAGAGGGUUAAGACUGCCCUUGCAUUAGCUAGCUUGCUUAAUUAUCUGCAUGAUGGGAAUUCGUCAUACAUGCUUUGCAACUUUGAUCCAGCUCACGUAGCGGUUGACCAGAAUUUCACCCCAAUUUUGUUUGAGUUUGGUAUGUUAGUUGGAGAGGGUUUGGAUACUAAAAUCAAUGAGGAAGACCUCAGGAUUGGUACGUGUGGCUACAUUGAUCCAUCCGUUGCUGAAUGCGUUAAGUGGUCACUCAAAUCUGAUGUUUACGCAUUUGGGAUUGUUCUCCUAAGUCUUAUGAGCAAAAGAGUUGUUGAUUGGAAAAACGCUAGAAACACACAUGUCGGUUUGUGGGGCGUGAGAGAGUACAAGCGCAGGUGUUCACUUGUCCACCAAAGUCUUGAGGCUGAUCCAGGAUUUGAACUUCAGAUUACAAAAAGAGAGUACAAGUGCGGGUGUUCACUUGUCCACCAAAGUCUUGAGGCUGAUCCAGGCUUUGAUCCUCGUGAUGGACCUACAAUUACAAAACUUGCAAUGCAGUGUAUAGAAUAUAAACAAAAGAAAAGGCCAGAAAUGAAAGAAGUUGUUAAGCGUCUCAAGGACUUACGUGUUGUGCAGCAGCAUGGUGAGGCGUGUGGUGAAGCUUUCUAUAUCAAUUAAUUAAUGUGCAUCUUAAUUAUGUUCUUCAUUGACUUUCAAUUCCAGUUACAUGCACUGUGAUUGAUGUAGGAGAUCAGUUAGAUAGUGGGUAGUUUAUAAAUGGUUUCUUUGCAUUUUGCACCUCUAACCACUUCCAAUUGCCAUUAGUAAUGUAAGAAUAAUUCAUUGCCAGAG